AUGAAAAAGAAAUCCGAUGAAAAGAGAGAAAAAAUUAGCUCGGAGAAACGUCGACUCGUCGAGGAAUUGCAAGCUCCGGCGAGAAGAAAUUUUCCGCGAAAGCGUGUCAUAGUCCGGGGGUACUUCGAUCUGUGGCAAGUUGAUAUCGUUGAGAUGCGUCCUUACUCGAGUUUCAACAGAGGCUACCACUACAUACGCACUGUCAUCGAUGUGUUGAGCAAGUACGCGUGGGCCGUUAUGCUCAAGAGCAAGGGUGGAAGCGAGACGGCGAACGCUAUCGCUGAGAUCAAUAUCUUGAAAAAACACAACGUUAAUCACUAUUCCACGUAUUCGACGUUGAAAGCGUCAGUGGUCGAGCGGUUCAAUCACACGCUCAAAAACGACAUGUGGAAGAUGUUUACACUCGACGGCAAUUACAAGUGGGUCGACGAGCUGCUGCGUCUGGUGUCAGAAUACAACGCGCGCAAGCAUCGUACCAUCGGCAUGCGACCCUCUGACGUAACUUCUGCGAUCGCCGAAAAACUCUUGGGCACAGUGUACAGCGCGAUUAAGAUCGCGGGUCCUGCAAAAUUCAAAGGAGGCGAUUCGAAGGGUUACACACCAAAUUGGACCACCGAAGUGUUUACGAUCAUUAAGGUGCAGCGCACCAAUCCCAUAAUUUAUCUACUCAAGGACUAUCGUAGAAAUUCCGUCGCUGGAGCGUUCUACGAGCACGAGUUGCAUCGCGCUACUCAUCCGGACGUGUACGAGUAUACACAAAGUAUCCGCCAAUGUCCCCACGGUAACGUCUCCGUCGAAUUCGGUACAACGUAUCGUUUGUCAUCGUAUGGACUCAGAGCGAUUUUCGAUUCGGAUAUUGUGUAUACGUGCAGUUUAGAUCGUAUACACGAUUGA